AUGUAUCCCACGGCGCAGCCAACGCUGUCGUACCUUGCUGCCCCUCCAAUCACCCCGACGCUUCUUCACGACUCUCAGACAGACGCUUCGGCCUUCAACAAGCAGCAUCACCAGAACCCAUUGGACUUGCCUGACCUUUCUAGGACCGCUCCUUUCCGGGACGGUCUACCCACCCCACCAAACGAUAUGAAUGGAGUCGCCUACAGCAACAUCCAUCACUAUGGAGGGAAGCCGGACCCGUACACUGGCCCCGUUUACGGCGAAGGUCCUGCCUACCCCCGGAUGAGCGCCGACUUGCUCAAUCGAAUGACCCGGCAAACUCAGCCGUCGCAACCAGCUCAACAAUCGAGCAAACAAGCCCCUCGAGAGAGGGACGAACGGCCAAAAGAGAAAGAGACUUCGAAGCCUUCAUAUCUCCAGAUUCCUCCCUCGAUUAACAAUGGGAAAGGAAGCCUACCGGAUUUUGCUGCUCAGAUGACUUGCUUGUUUUGGUUCGAGAGCACGCCGAAGUUGAGGGCUGUUGAAGAAAACUCGGCUCACAGCCUCUCCCUUUGCCCUGAGGCAAUCCCUACACCAGCGUUUCAGAAAUGGGUUUCGAACAUUCUCUCAACGACUCAAGUGAGCCAGAAUGUCAUUUUGCUGGCACUCCUCUUCAUCUACCGACUGAAGAAGUUCAACCCUGCUGUGCGUGGGAAGAAGGGUAGCGAAUAUAGGUUGAUGACAGUUGCGCUCAUGCUGGGCAACAAAUUCCUUGACGACAAUACUUACACGAACAAGACCUGGGCGGAUGUGUCGAGGAUAUCAGUUCAGGAAAUCCAUGUCAUGGAGGUGGAAUUCUUAAGCAACCUCCGGUACAAUCUCUUUGCGUCCGAGAAGGACUGGGCGCAAUGGCAUGUCAAGUUGGGGAGGUUUUCCGAUUUCGUCAACCAUGCACCUGUUGCUUCGGAAAAUGAUACACUUCCAACACCUCCAGUUCGUCUCCUCUCGCCAAAUUCUGGUCCGACGCGAACCCAGGUGUCACCGACUUCAUCCACCAGGCUUCCGUCACCCACUACCGAGCCCCUCCACCCGCAGACCUGGGCUCCCGUCAAUGGGUCAUAUGGCACGGCUCACCAAGCCGCGAGCCAAUUACCGCCAGUCAGUUCUCGAAAGCGGCGCUACGAAGAACCAGUUGAAGAGCAGCAUCCAUCCAAGAGAAUUGUCUUGCCACAUGCGGUGCCGCUCCCUUCUUCAACACUACCACCUGCGAGUCAGAUCAGCGCGCCGGCUCUGCCUCCGAUGAUGGCACCUACUUCAGCACCGCCUCAACAAAGCAUCCCUGGACCUGUUUCACGACUGUCAUCUAGCCACGCGUUUGUUCCGAGCGUUCCAGCUUCUAUCCCUCAACUCUCCGCUGUGCCUGGUCGCCCUACUAUGCCUCCUGUCUACAAUCCCAGCACCUGGGCUCCACAGAUUCCGGCGUCGACUGCGCCUCAGCCUCUCAAUAAUAGCGUGCCUACGCCGGCAUUGUCUCUGCCUGAUCCUUCUAGGCAUCACAGUCCGUAUCCUGUAACGUCAGCCACUAUCUCUCCGGCCGUGUCUGCAUACGGCGUUCACACCCCCACAACCCAUCUCUCCCCGUCCUACUUUUUGGCGAACAGGAACUCUCCAUACCGCCCGGUCCGCAGCGUCAACACCCUAUUGAUUCCUCCACCCUCUGCUUCCCUUGAGCAACAGCGCGCCAUUCCUUUCCACCAUAUGCAUUAUCAGCCGCUGGGCAAGUCGACGGAACGUCGAACCGGCUUGCUACCUUACCUUCAUCAUGAUGCGUGGCCUCAAGGCCCAUAUAUUCCUCCCAGUUUUCAUCAUACACCACAUUAUGCACCCUGA